CGUCACUUUUCCGCGCCGCCGCUUUUGGUCCGCGUGAGUCUCGUUCUCGCGCCUGCGGCGGUCCUGGGGCCACUGUUGGCCUUCUGUGCUGUCCUUUUCGUUCGCGAGUCGGCCUCCCUCACGUGGGACCAUGGCGACCGACUCGUGGGCCCUAGCAGUGGACGAGCAGGAAGCGGCUGUCAAGUCGAUCAGCAAUUUGCAGAUUAAGGAAGAGAAAGUCAAACCAGAAACCAAUGGUGUUAUCAAAACCAAUGCCACAGCAGAGAAGACAGCAGAGAAAACAGAUGAAGAAGAGAAAGAGGACAGAGCUGCCCAGUCGUUACUCAACAAGCUGAUCAGAAGCAACCUGGUCGAUAACACAAACCAAGUGGAAGUCCUGCAGCGGGAUCCAAAGUCCCCCCUCUACUCAGUGAAGUCCUUUGAGGAGCUUCGGCUGAAACCACAGCUUCUCCAGGGAGUCUAUGCCAUGGGCUUCAACCGACCUUCUAAGAUACAAGAGAAUGCUUUACCCAUGAUGCUUGCUGAGCCUCCACAGAACCUGAUUGCCCAGUCUCAGUCUGGUACUGGUAAAACAGCUGCCUUCGUCCUGGCCAUGCUCAGCCGAGUGGAACCAGCAGAGAGAUACCCGCAGUGUUUAUGCCUGUCCCCAACAUAUGAGCUGGCGCUUCAAACAGGAAAAGUGAUUGAGCAAAUGGGCAAAUUUCAUCCGGAACUAAAGCUUGCUUAUGCUGUUCGAGGCAAUAAAUUGGAAAGAGGUCAGAAGAUCAGUGAGCAGAUUGUCAUCGGCACCCCUGGGACUGUUCUGGACUGGUGCUCCAAGCUCAAGUUCAUCGACCCCAAGAAGAUCAAGGUGUUUGUUUUGGAUGAGGCCGAUGUGAUGAUAGCUACUCAGGGCCACCAAGAUCAGAGCAUCCGCAUCCAAAGGAUGCUGCCCAGGAACUGCCAGAUGCUGCUUUUCUCGGCCACCUUCGAAGACUCUGUGUGGAAGUUUGCCCAGAAAGUGGUCCCGGACCCAAACAUUAUCAAACUGAAGCGCGAGGAGGAGACACUGGACACCAUCAAGCAGUAUUACGUCCUGUGCAAUAACAGAGACGAGAAGUUCCAGGCCUUGUGUAACCUCUACGGGGCCAUCACCAUUGCUCAAGCCAUGAUUUUCUGCCAUACCCGCAAAACAGCUAGUUGGCUGGCAGCAGAGCUGUCAAAAGAAGGCCACCAGGUGGCUCUGCUGAGUGGUGAAAUGAUGGUGGAGCAGAGGGCUGCGGUGAUUGAGCGCUUCCGAGAGGGCAAAGAGAAGGUUCUCGUGACCACCAACGUGUGUGCCCGCGGUAUCGAUGUUGAACAGGUGUCUGUCGUCAUCAACUUUGACCUUCCCGUGGACAAGGACGGGAACCCGGACAACGAGACCUACUUGCACCGGAUUGGGCGCACCGGCCGCUUUGGCAAGAGGGGCCUGGCGGUGAACAUGGUUGACAGCAAGCACAGCAUGAACAUCCUGAACAGAAUCCAGGAGCAUUUUAAUAAGAAAAUAGAGAGAUUGGACACGGAUGAUUUGGACGAGAUUGAGAAAAUAGCCAACUGAGAAGCUCCACCAGCCCCUGGUGCCUGCCCUUGGCACUCGCCCUGCAUGGGAGAAUAGUGCUGUCACGGCACAGGCCUACACAGUCACCAAAAGACGAAAGCACGAGUAGACAGAAGCUACCUACCUCAUUUUAAAUUACAUUUGGACUUGACAGAAAUUAUGCAAAUGAUUAGAAAAGGUAGAAGGAAAUUUUUGAAUUUUGGAAAAUUUAGUCCUUUUUCCCCCAUUUUAUUAAGCCAUGGUUUCCCCCAUCUGUAUAAUAAUCUAGUUGCUAUUGGUAAUCACUGGUCCCAGGAUCUUUUGCCUGUUUUCUGACUAGGGGUGUUGGGACCAGCCUCCAGCCCCUAAAGAAAUGAUAGAGGUCGAGUUCGGGAGAGGCCACCAGGUGGAUGGUGUGUGGGAAGCCACAGCUGAGGCCUUUGAUCUGCUUCCCUUGUCUGUCCCUGACUGAGACCUGUCACAAAUGUCUCUUGCCCUUGGGGCCAUCUUCCUUCCCCUGAAAUCCAGAGGCGUUCCAGCUGAUCCCUUUUACUUCUGUUCUCUGUGCCAGAGAAUAUCCCAGUUUCUCCCUGGGUGAGCAUCUUGGCUACUUUUGUAAACCUCUGAUUUGGGGAGAAACACAGAAGUCGGUGAAUCUUCAGAGAGAUUAGUCUGGCAAGGGUAGAUGAAUCCUUCGAGGGUCUGGGCCUGCCUUCUCUUGCUGUUUUUUGUCUGCUCUGGUACCUGGUAGUCAGGGCAGCCAGGAGACACCAGGCAAUUUUCUGACACACACCUGGCAGAGCGAGUUGGUUCUUACCCAUGGGGUGUCACACUAUGCCUGAAGGUGAGCAGCGGAGUUUGGAAAGGAAGUUCUGACCAAGUGAAAACUCUGAUUAUCCUGUUCAUCUGUAACAGUGGAUCUGUUGCUUACUUUAAUUCAUACAUUGUAUGAAUAAAGAUGGAUAAUUAGAGCUAUACCCAUCAUUAUGUUAAGAAAUUUUAAAAUAAUUAUGAAACAUUUACUAAUCAUGAGUUGUUUUUAUUUGUAUUUUUCUGGUUAUUAGACUAAUAUAUGCUCAUUAAAAAUAUAUUUGGGUGCAUAUAUAUGUAAAGUGCAAGUGCUCUCUGCCUCCACCUCUCUGGGAUCGCCAUUGCUAGCAGCCUGGUGAACAUUCAGUAUGUUGCCUUCUGUUUGCAUGCAUCAACCCACUUUUACAAGUGGGUUGCCUUUUCACUUACCAGCAUAUUUUGGACAUCUGAAAUGUCCAGCACACAUAGAUCUUACUCUUGACAAUGGCAUUCUAUCAUGCAGCUGCCCAGCAUUUAUUUCAUGGUUCCUCUAGUGAUAGGCAUAUGGUGUUUUCCACUGUGUUGUCUUGCCACAGAGCCACAGGAAUAUCCUCACUCAUCUCUGUGCCCUGCGAAGACUCCUAGGAUGUAUUCCUGGAAGUAGAGUUGUUGGGUUAAAGAGUGGGGACAUUUAAACUUUUAAUACAUUGCCAAAUUAGCCUUCCCAAAGGUUUUUACCAGUUUAUGUUACUGUAGUGAUAACAAAAACACUACCUAUUUUCUUACCUGCUUGACAACCUAUAUCACCAAUUUUUAAAACUUAGUCUGAGUAGCAAAAAUAGGUUACAUCAUUGCUUUUUUGUUUUGUAUUCAGUGAGGUUUGGCAAUUACUCAGUUUUGGAUAUUCAUAUUUUCUUUUGUCUCACCAUUUUGCUAUUGCAUUGUCAAUCUUUAGGUUUUUAGCCACCUUUCUAUUUUGGGGAAAUUAAACUUUGAUUUGAGUGGUAGAUGUUUUCCUAGUUUGUCUUCACAAAUUCAUGUUAAUACAACACAAAAGUUUAAUGUUAUAUUUCAUUUUUUAAAAAUCUAGAUUUUAUGUCAUGGCUGAAAAAGCUUUCUUUACCCCAGUAUUAUAAAUUAUUUAGUCUUGUUUCUGUAGUUGCAGUUCUUGGGGAAUAAAUUUUCUAAAUUCUUGUAGAUCUGAAAA